AUGCUAGCCGCGAGGACCCCCAUCUCGCUCCACCACCGCGUCGUCGCCGGCGGCCAGCGGGGGCGAUGCGACGGGGGCAGCGAAAGGAGGCGCGGCCGCGCGCCGUGCCGCCAGUUCGCGCAGGCGCUCGAGAGCCUCUGGAGGCACAGUCCCCGGACCCAUCCUCCUGCCCCUCCCGCUGCCGGCACCGCCUUCACCAGCGGUGAGGCCAAACCCUCGCGGCAGCCGCCAGUACUCGAGAACGCUACCUUCGAGGAGUACUAUAAGGUUCAGCAAAUUGUCCGCAAGGAGGAGUGGGAUGCCUUCAUGAACGUCCUGCGGAAACCGUUACCAGCAACCUUUCGGAUCAAUGCCUGUUGCCAGUUUUAUAAAGAUAUCUGCUCUAAGUUGGAAAAUGAAUUUAGGCGAUCUUUGGAGAGUGAGGUCAGUAAUGAGCAUGGAGAAGAUGCUAUAACUCCCUUGCCUUGGUACCCAUGCAAUCUUGCGUGGCAUCUAAAUUUCUCUCGGAAGGAAUUGAGGAAAAACAAGGCACUCGAGAGUUUUCAUGAGUUUCUGAAGCAUGAGAGUGAGGUUGGUAACAUAACUAGGCAAGAGGCUGUUAGCAUGGUUCCGCCACUGUUUCUGAAUGUACAACCUGAUCACCAUAUUCUUGAUAUGUGUGCUGCUCCAGGCUCUAAAACUUUUCAGUUACUUGAGAUGAUUCACCAAUCAAAAGAACCAGGGCUACUUCCAGGAGCAUUGGUGAUAGCCAAUGAUCUCAAUGUGCGAAGAUGUGACCUCCUUAUCCAUAAUACAAAGAGAAUGUGCACCGCCAACCUAAUAGUAACAAAUCAUGAAGCAGAAAACUUCCCCUAUUGUUCCCUUGCAAAGGAUUAUUUAGAAUCAUAUAAAGAUCCCUGCAAACUACAGAGGUUAGAAUUCGACCGCAUACUUUGUGAUGUUCCCUGUAGUGGUGAUGGGACUAUUCGCAAGGGUUAUGACAUGUGGAGAAAGUGGAACUCAGGCAUGGGUAACCAACUUCAUCUUCUGCAAGUAAAUAUUGCAAUGCGUGGUAUUGCAUUACUUAAAGUGGGUGGAAGGAUGGUCUAUUCUACUUGUUCAAUGAAUCCUGUUGAAAAUGAAGCUGUGAUAGCUGAGCUCCUUCGAAGAAGUGGAAACUCUGUUGAGCUCCUUGAUGUUUCUAGCGAGCUACCUGAAUUGGUCCGGCGUCCUGGGCUUAGCACUUGGAAGGUACAAGAUCGAGAAUCUUGGUUUCAGAGUCACGAUGAAGUUCCACACAAUAGGAAGAAUGUAGUGUUGCCAAGCAUGUUUCCUGCAAGUAAUAGCACUGAGGAAAGCCAUACUGUGUGUGGUGAUGUUGAAGUGAACAAGGAUAAUAUGAGCAUCUUCUCAAGAAAUAUUAACAUUGAAGAAACAAAAAAAGUUAAUCAUGACAUGGAUGGAGUUUCUAUCAGUCCCAAUAAAAUUUUGGAUUGCACUUCAAACAUUGUGAGUUCAAAAUUUCCACUGCAUCGGUGCAUGAGGAUUGUUCCUCAUGACCAAAACAGCGGGGCAUUUUUCAUCGCAGUUCUUCAUAAAUUGUCGCCCUUGAAUGGCAGUCAGAUAAAGGAUACUAAAAUUCAGCACACACUUGGAACAGACAGGAUUAUGCAGUUUCAGAAAGAACCUGAGCAAGAAACACGACCCUAUGAAACUAUUUUGACACGCCAACAGCACAAUGUUUCUGAAGUCGAUGAUACUGAAAUGCUGGGUAGGCGACAGAAUUUAAGCACAGACAGCCAAACUUCAAAGGAUAAGAAGUCAACUGAAGUUGAAAUGGUUUUAGGUGAUGUAGAAAGCACUCAACCAGAGUCAGGAGAUAGAAUGGAGUUGCAAAAGCAAAGCAGGUGGAAAGGGGUUGAUCCUGUCUUAUUUUUGAAUGAUGAAGCGGUGAUAAAGAGUAUAAUAUCCUUCUUUGGCAUGAAGGAAUCAUUCCCACUCGAAGGUCAUCUGGUGACUAGAAGUACUGAUAAUGCAAGGAGAAUAUAUUACGUAUCAAAAUCAGUUAAAGAGAUUUUGGAGCUGAAUGCAGAAGUUGGUGGGCAGCUCAAGAUAGCUUCACUUGGUGUUAAAAUGUUUGAAAGGCAUAGAUCAAAGGAAGCCUGUCCAUGUGCAUAUAGGUUGUCUUAUGAGGGAUUAUCGCUACUGCUUCCAUACAUCAGCAAGAGGAUACUAUAUGCAUCCCCAGCUGACUUCCACCGCCUUUUACAGUACCGAAGCAUAAACUUCGCUCAUUUUCUCGACACCAGAUUUGGGGAGCAAGCUGCAUCCUUGAUGCCUGGUUGCUGUGUUGUAGUGUUGUUACUCGAAGGGCAUAAGCAUGUAGAUUCCAUUUCUAAGGAUCCCUCCACAAUUGCCAUUGUUUGCUGGAGAGGGAAGGGGACUGUGAACGUUAUGGUUUCUCCCUCGGAUAGGAAGGAUCUUCUUGAAAGGAUGGCGUAUCGCUUUGGCCUUAAAGCCUGUGUAGAGGAAGAUGAGAGAUCUUGUCACAAGGUUAAUUGA